UUUGACACCAAAGUCAAGUGUCGAAAUACGAAAAAUCUGAAAAAAUUGUCGAUUUGAUUUACAGAAUUGCAAUAGUAUGAAAUUUAUUUUAAAAUAAUAUAAUAAUAAAAAAUGGCUAAUAUAGAAUUAGACAUAUGGCGAGGCGAAUGGGGACUCGCAUCAUUUGACUUAGAAUGUUUAAAGGUUUUGACUUACAUGAAAUUUAUUGGUGUCCCAGUGCGUGUUCGAGAGGCUAACAACCCAUUCUUUACACCAAAAGGGAGACUUCCAGUCAUGCGAGAUGGACGCACAGUCCUAACAUGUUUUGAAGAAGUUGUUGACCAUUUGAAGUCAUUGCACUACAGUACAGAUGUCCACUUGAACACAAUGCAAGCAGCUGAAGCCAGUGCAUUUACACAGUACCUUCGAGACAAACUUUACCCAGCAUUUCAGUAUGCAUGGUGGGUGGAUGAGAAGAAUUAUGCGGAACUCACCAGACCAGCUUAUGCUAGGGCCUUACGUGUUCCAUUCAAUUUUUAUUACCCAUCACGAUAUCAGAGUGCUGCUAAGGAAAUGAUUGAUGCAUUGUAUGGAGAGCACACUGCUCUCAAAGACAUAGAAAAAACUAUUUACAAUGAAGCAGAAAAGUGCCUCAAGACCCUUUCAGACCGCCUUGGUGAAAGUGAAUACUUUUUCGGCAACCGGCCGUCAUCAUUCGAUGCAACAGUCUUUGCAUACCUAGCGCCACUUGUGAAAGCACCAUUCCCUAAUGCGACAUUGUCCAAUCAUGUGAAAGGCAUCUCCAAUCUGUCGAGGUUUGUGGCUAGAAUUCAACAGAAGAACUUUAGGCAUGUGACAGAUGAAUACAACAGACUGAAUGCUAAAAAACACUCAACGGGCACACAAUCGGAACGAGAAGCGGCUAACUUCCCGAACCAGACAAGGAAUAAAGUCCUGGCCGCUCUGUUCGCGGCCCUAGCCAUGACCGGGUAUGCUCUGGCCAAUGGGAUGUUCCAGGACCUGAAAGAUUUCGAACAUUCCGGGGACUACGGCGACAUGUUUGAGAAUGACGAGGAGGACAACUGACGCUGAUCGGCGCCGUGCGCCUGCGCAUCUCACCACUACGCAAGAUACUUUUUAUACUUUGACUCAGGGGUGUUACGGAUAUACACACCCGUAAAUGCGGAAUAUCUAGACACGCGGCGGCAUCUCCAGCCAAGGUUAAAGGAACUGGUCACGUAGCAGCCAUGCGUAUUACUUCAUUUAACCCUUUCGUAACUCGAAAUUUGUGUUAUUAUAUAUUCACAUUACUUCUAGUUCUUAUUUAUUCUGAUGUAUUCAGCCGCAUUAGUAUAAACUGAGUCUUUCUUUUAAAACACUUUAGAAAUAUGCAUCCGCAACAUCCCUGCAAGCCUCUUUGUGUCUCAAGAGGAUAAUAUUUAGUAGUUUUAUUUGCUUGUUACCUAUCAGACUGAUAGUUUCCCAACAGAUGUGAAACGUUGUUCGAUUCUAAGGACUGAUUUCUGACGAAAUAUGUUCCAUCGGAUCUGAUAAAACUAUAAUAGAAAGCUAGCUUUUCUCAUAUUUCAUAGUCACAAACGUAAGAAAUUUUGUAAAGCUUCGCUUGAUUUUGUCAAAACGAUAAGAAACAUUCCUAUUGUGUUUGAAGAUAAUCUUAUUGAUCAUUUCAAUUUAAUUUUCUUGAUAUCAUUAAUCUCGAGUUUGAAAUAAUAAAAAUAAUUUAAAAUACACAUUUUACAAAAAUGUUAACAUCUUUGGUCCAGAUUAGAAGUGUAGAAAACUUGUCUUUGAAAUCCAAUGCGGGUUUCAAAGAAUUUGUUCUGAACUCUUGGUUUACUCUUCAGAGAUAUUGAUGUUAUAAUAUAAUUUUGCUCAAUUCUUACUGUUUAAAGGUAAAAAAUGUCAUUCGAAUAUUUUCAAAAUUGUUGAGCAAAGAGGGUUUUCUAAAACUGACCCCGUGCGGUAAAUCUGUUGAUAAAAUAUCCAACAAGAUAACACGCACCAUAUUACACAUUAUAAGGGUUGUAAUGAGAUUUUAAUAUAUUUAUCACAGAUAGACUAGUCUUUAAUUCUCGUUAAUACGUGACGUAGUCUACAUUAUUUUAGUCCCUGUAUUUGUGACUUACCAAAAAUUUUGUGAUGAGAGUUUUAAACUGUAUAAUUUAAUUAUGUCUUUUUUUAAUAAGCAUGUCACGGAGCAGGUCUUGUAAAACGUGGAUUUUGUAGAUAACUCGAAAGAUCUACUUUGAAAACAUGUUUUUCCACUAGACUAGAACUAGAUAUACGAAAUUUUGCCUUGGGAGUUGUUAUUAAAAAUAUUUAAAAAUUAAAUUCCUUCGAAAUCUCCGUUGCUUUGCCAAGGAAGUAUUGUUUUCUCUGUCUCACGAAUUUGUCGUUUUGGGACUAAGGAUUGUGGAUUCUUUAAAGGUAUUUUUUCUAGAAUCCCAAAGAGAAAUAAACUUUUUUGUAAUGCGAUAGAGAGCAAAGUUUGAACAUCAACUGAUUGCUCGCGCUGUACCUAGAUGGCGCUGAUUCUGAGUGCUACAGAAGUCUGUAAUUAUUAUGAUUUAGGCUAUCUUUACUUGUAUCAAAAGAUUAGGCUUGUAAUAACACAGUACUGUUUACAUGUAACAUAAACAUAACCGCUGCAUUUUCAUAUGAUAUACUACUAUAUAUCAGUAAUUAGUUUGGAAAUGCAACCGCCUUGAGACAUAGGAAAAUUCACAAAUCGUUACUUUUUUGACAAAAAAUCGCCAAACAAUCCGUGAAAGCAUAUAAAGUAUCUGUUAAGACAAGCCUUGUCACAUAUGUUGCGACUUGCGUCGUCCAUCGAGUAAAGAAAGCCCGUAUUUUAUGAUCAAGGCAAGUGUAGUGUUGCUUGUCUAAGUUGAAAUGACGCGCGCUACAACAACUAUAAUAUAGAAAAUCUUAGUCACAUGACACGCGACAUUUCAGCUACAAGUCAGAGUACUUAGAGUGAACGAAGUCCUAGAGGCUCAAGGCAAGUGUUGUGGUAAAAAUAUUAAUUUUAAUAUAAUAGUCGCGAGAUUUUAUUAGUUUGUAGUUUGAGCGCUUUUUAGAACGCAUUUUGUUUAUGGAUGGAGAAUAUUGUUGUUUUAACUUAUUCCGAGGUGCAUGAUUAAAUGGUUAUGAUAUGUUGAAUA